AUGAUAGCGAAUAUACUAAAGUACUUUAAAUCAAGCCCCGAACCUGAACCCAGUGCUGAUGAUCUGAUAAUUAUCCUUGAAGAACAUUAUGGUGUUGAAGAGAUAACCCAAGAUUUCGACUCACUCCAAGUAGCUCAACUCGAGAACUAUCAAAUUGAAUCUAAAGGAGACGAGGAUGAAGAACAGUAUGGAACAACUUUCAAUAAUGCCAUCAAUUUCAAAACCAGUAAUGAUAUUAAAACCCUUAGAUUCAAUAGUAAUCUAUUGGACAUUGAUACAGAAACUUAUGAGUAUAAAAUCAGUCAGUUCUAUUGGCCUGUUCUUAAUAAAUAUCAAUCGACCAAAGUUGAAGUACCCAAAUCAUGGUACGAUAUUGAUGACAAAUUGAAAGAGAUAGAUGACGAGAUAUCCAAAUUGAAAGUUGUUGUUUUACCUCCAACUCGGGAUGAAUUGAAACAAAUCAAUGAUUUAUUCAAUCGUUCAGAUAACGAUAUCAUCAAAAAACAAUUCACCAUUGAUUUAUCAGUAAGAGACUUAAAAACCCUUCAGAAUAAACGUUGGCUUAAUGAUAAUGUCAUAGAUUAUUAUUUAUCAUUGAUAUGUAAGAAUCAUCCAGAAUAUUUCUGUUGGACAACCCAUUUUUUCACCACUUUACAAUCUAAAGGAUACGAUGGAAUCAAAAGAUGGGGUAAAAGAAAAAAGUUGAACAUAUUUGAGAAGAAAUUGAUUUUCAUUCCUAUUAAUAUUAAUUCUUCACAUUGGGCAUUAACCAUAAUCAAUAAUGACACCAAAACCAUUGAAUAUUAUGAUUCAUUGAACCUUCGAGGUAAUAUGCCAGUAUUGAAAACCGUACAAUCAUAUAUGAUCGGAGAGAAGGACAGAUUAAAUGCUCAAGUUGAUAUCAAUGAUUGGCAAUUAAUAUCAAAAGCCUCACCUCAACAAUUAAAUGGUUUCGAUUGUGGGGUUUUCACCUGUAUCUGUGCCAAAUAUUUAUCCCGAAAUCUCGACUUAUCUUACAGUCAAGGAGAUAUGGCCAAUUUGAGGAACCGAAUGAUAUUAGAGAUUUUAGAUGAUGAGUUAACUGGUUAA